CUUCAUAAUUUGCGUUCUGCAUCUCUUGAUAACAAUUUAAAUUGUUUUGUUUUGUGUUGUUAAAUCAUAUUUAUGUGAAUGUUGAUUUGUGAUUAAUUAAAAAAAAAAACAACUUUGAUUUAUAUGUCGAAAAAUUACCAAAAAUGUCAUUCGAAAAUACAAGCGAAACUUCCGACAGAGAGUGUGAUGAGCAAAAAGAAUUCAAAAGUCGAGGCUACCAAGAUGAAAUUUUAAGAACAUGUAUCGAACGCAAUACAAUUGUUUAUCUGCCGACCGGCGCCGGAAAAACCUACAUUGCUAUUAUGGCACUGAAGCACUUUGCUAAAGAUUUGGGAAAGCCAAUAUCUGAAGGUGGCAAACGCUCCGUUUUUCUUACAAAUACAGUUGCGUUGGCACAUCAACAGAAAGAAGAGAUUUCGAAAAGAAUACCGUUCAAUGUACAAGUAUACACUGGUGAUAUGAAUGUGGAUGCAUGGACUGGCGAAAGGUGGUUGAACGAAUUUGAACAAAAUCACGUUCUUAUUGCAACAGUUCAAAUUGUGUUGGACAUUGUGCGUCAUGGACAUUUAAAAAUAUCUGAUUUCAAUUUGAUUGUGUUUGAUGAAUGUCAUAAUGCACAUAAAGAUCAUCCAAUGUUGCUGUUGAUGGCAAAAUUUAAAGAAUAUCCGGAAACGGAUCAUCCACGCGUGAUCGGCUUGACGGGAAUGUUAACCACAAAAUCGAUUAAACCAGGGAAUGUUAUGAAUAAUUUAAAGAAAUUAGAAGCAACAUUCCGUGCAACGAUUACGACAGCCAAAGGUGCAGCAUAUAGCGAUGUACUCAUGUAUUCAACCUGUCCAAAUGAAUCAAUUCUCGAAUACGAGAAGCGUAUGACAUUACAUUUUGAGAAAAUUAUUGGAAUGAUCAGAUCAAUGAUUCAAAUGAUUGAAAAAUGGCCUUUCGAUAUUACGCCCGGAUUGAUGUACGAUCCCCUCAAGGAUAAACAACCAACAAACAUGUCGAAGUAUGAAAAAAUUUGCACGGAACUUAUUUAUCAAAUAAACAAUUUAGGACUGUACGGUGGAACACUGGCUAAUUUGGCUGCAAUUGUGGACAUGGAACUGAAAAAACGUGAAGCGAUCAAAAGUAACAACAGAUACCUUUCGCGUGCUCUCAUUACUUCUCUGGAAACGAUUCUACACAUUAUGGAGCGUAAAAUUUAUAAUAAUAAAGUUGAACAAAUGACACAAACCGAUGACGAAUUUGACGAGCAAACGAUUUCAGAUGAUCCAGCGACAAUUUUGAAUAAUUCAUCAUCACAAGUGCAAAAAUUGUUGAGUUGUUUAACGAAAUUCGCCGAAGAAAAUUCAAAUGAACCGAUGAAAGGAUUGAUUUUUGUUGAUCGAAGGUCUAGCGCUCGCAUAUUGUGCCAUGUCAUCAAACGAUAUGCAAAUGCAUUACCACAUCUUAAAAUUAAAGUGGAAUUUAUGACUGGUCGGAAUGCAACACUCGAUGCCAUUGAAAUGCAAAUGAAAGGAAAAAAUAACAAACGAGUUUUGGAUCGAUUCAAAACUGGUGAAAUCAAUUUAAUUAUUGCCACAAAAGUACUGGAAGAAGGAAUUGAUUUGCAAGAAUGUAAUUUGGUCAUUUGUUAUGAUACACCAACAACAUUUCGAUCGUAUAUGCAGAGAAAAGGACGUGCUCGGAUGCGAAAAAGCCAAUUCGUUAUUAUGACACCGAGUGAAGGGACAGAUAAGUUGCAGAAAAAUAUUGGUGAAUGGCAAGAAAUCAAUCAAAUUUUGAAAAAGUAUUUGGUUGAAAAAGCAAUCGAUCGACCACCGCCAAUGCAAAGCGAUAUCGAUCGUGCAACUGAACAAAAAUAUUAUGAGGAAUACAAAACUGCCAAAGGAGCAAUUGCUGAUUUCAAUUCUGCAAUUAGUACGUUAAACAACUAUUGCAUGACUUUAGCAAGUGAUAAGUUCAUCGAACAAUUUGUUGAAUGGGAAGAAAAUUGGGAUAGUUGUGGCCUCUCCGGAACCAUUUUAAUGCCAAUUCUAUGUCCGAUAAAAGAAAAGAUCUCUGGUAAACCAAUGCCAAACACCAAAUUGGCAAAACGAAGCGCAGCAUUCGAAGCAGUAAAACGAUUGCAUAUUGUUGGUGAAUUAUCAGACCAUUUAGAGCCAAUCACUCAGAACAUAUGCUUAGAAAAAUACAAAGAUAUUUACUUUAAGACAUGGAAUCAAUUUGAAGAAGACGAACCGAAAAAAGCUGGAACACGGAAACAUUAUCGAAUGCAUGAUAUUCAAAGGCCAGCAGCGUUAAUCGACAGUAUUCCGCGUAUAAAUGUACAGCUUUAUUUGUAUGAAAUUGCCAUGGAACCGAAAUUCAAAGGAUCAGAUGAAAACAUAAGAACAUUUCAUAAUCUUUUUCAAUCACCACACACUUAUGGUAUCUUAACAAUGAAGAAAUUACCGCGCAUGGGUCCUAUCAAAUGUUAUCAAUCAUUUGGAGAAAUUACAUGUUCCAUUAGCUAUGAACCAAUGCCCAUUAUAUUGCAUGAUCCACAAGAGUUGGCCCGAUUAAAGCGAUUCCAUUGCAUUCUGUUCAAAUAUAUUUUGGAAAUAUGGAAGGAAUACUUUGUUUAUGAUGAAAAGGAUUCGGUGAUCAUAGUUCCGACAAUGAAUCAGAAAAUCAAUUGGCAAAUCGUCAAAGAAUUUCAAACAUGGUCAAAGGUGAAGGAAAAAACUCUCGCUGAACGUACGAAUGCCGAGUACAAAAGAGAGAAUUGGGAUGGCUGUGUCAUUUCUAAGUGGUACCUGAAUCAAACCAAAAAAUAUGUAAUAACAAAUGUUUUUGAAGAGAAAUCACCGUUAAGUUCAUUUCCAAAUGAUGAUUAUAAAAACUAUGCCGAAUAUAUGCUGAAAACAUAUCCCAAAACAGAUGGUGUGGUGAAUAAUGAUCAAUUUUUAAUCGGUGUCAAAGCAAUCACGUCUCGUUUAAAUCAUUUACGUCCGGAAAGUGGAAGUUCAUCAGAAAGACCUGAACUAUUGAUUCCGGAAAUGUGCCAUAACUUCCGAUAUCCCGGUGAUUUAUGGUUGAAAGCAAUUCUUCUACCAAGCAUCAUUCAUCGGAUUACAUAUAUUCUACAUGCGGAAAAUAUUCGAAAUGCCAUCAAUAAAUAUGUUGGACUUGAUAUUUCAGAUGAGCCGUGUCCAUUGAUCGAAUCCAUUCAAAAUUCCGAUGCACCCCGAGAAAAAGGAGAAAUUAGAGUUGUUGCCGAAAAAUUGAAUACAAAUGAUGCGGAUACGUCAAUUUUGAGAUCCGAAGAUUUUGAACCCAUCGAUUUGGAACGACAUUUUGAUAAUGUUUAUGAAGUCGACAUCGAUUUUUAUUAUAUGUUUAAACAUGGUUUAUCGUUCGAUGAGAACAAAAAUGGUACCAAUAAUAGUCUUCUCUCUCCACAUCAUCUCCACACAAAUGUGCCGGCCCUGUGUGACGUGGAGAGCGAUAAGCUUCGGAUUAAUGUGUUGCAAACAAAACUUAAGACUUCAAUCACUCGAGGUGUUGAACAGCAUGACAUCUUGGCUGCAAUUACUACCGCUUCAUCAGCCGAUGUAUUUAAUAUGGAAUCGCUUGAAGUGUUGGGCGAUGCAUUUUUGAAAUUCAGCGUUUCAUUGUACUUGAUUCAAAGGCAUCCGCAAUGGCAUGAAGGUUUCCUAACCUCAAUUAAAGGUCAAAUUGUUGGAAAUCGUAAUCUUUGCUACAGUGCCAUCAGAAACAAAUUUUCCGGAAUGAUAAAAGCUCAUGAUUUCAGUCCGAAGGAUGAUUGGCAGCCGCCAAUGCUGAAGGUUGAUGACCAAAUUCAGAAUGCCAUGAGAGAAUACGAUAUUACACCCGAUAUUCUGUAUAAACUCAGUUUAUCAACAGCUGAAUUAGAAGGUGGUGAAGUGUCGAACUCAAGUUUGGAACAGUUUAUCCAGCAAUUCUUGUACGAAAGAAAUACUGGCGGCGAGACAUCAACGAAGCAACAUUUCCUUGGCAAGCAGCGUAUCUCGGAUAAAACAUGUGCCGAUUGCAUCGAAGCCAUUUUGGGAGCGUGCGUCAAAUCGAUUGGCGUCGAACGCACUUUUAAAGUAUUGGAAAUGUUCGAAAUUUUACCACGUAAUGAUGUGCAAGACAUCACCAAAAUGUUACAAAACAAAUUGCGAUCACCACGUCUUCGCGCCAACAUUCCGGACAAAGAAGUUGACGACUUAUUAACAAAUCACAAAAAACUGGAAGAGUCCAUUGGAUAUACGUUCAGAGAUCGAGCCUAUUUGUUACAAGCACUAACACACCCGUCAUAUCCAACGAAUCGUGUUACCGGCUGCUAUCAGCAGCUUGAAUUUUUGGGUGAUGCCGUUCUUGAUUUUUUAAUUACCGCUUACAUAUUCGAGCGUUGUCCACACAUGGAUCCGGGGAAAUUGACCGAUUUACGAUCGGCACUUGUGAACAAUGUAACAUUGGCGUGCUUGUGUGUGCGUUACAAUAUCCACUUACAUAUUUUGUCACGAAGUGUUAUUUUAUCGGGAGCAAUCAAUCGGUUUGUUGACUUUCAAGACAAAACCAAUUACCAAACAGCCGAUCAUGUGGAACUAUUAAUGGAAGAGGGAGAAUGUAAUAUGGCCGACUAUGUGGAUGUACCAAAAACAUUGGGUGACGUUUUUGAAUCCGUUAUAGGUGCAAUAUUUUUGGACAGUGGCAUGGAUCUCGAGACGACGUGGAUGUUUAUUUAUCGUUUGAUGGAGAAAGAGCUACAUGAGUUCACGGCUAACGUGCCAAUUCAAACUGUUCGACAACUGUACGAAUAUCCAGAUGCAAAACCCGAAUUUGAAAAACCACAAAUUAACAAAGAAUCGAAUAAUGUUUUGGUUAGUGUUUGUUUUAAUUGUAAUGGAAAAAAAGUCGUGAAGCAUGGCUUUGGAACAAAUAAAAAAAAUGCCAAACGAGCUGCAGCUAAAUUGGCCCUGUCAACAUUGGACCAAAUUUGAAAGAUAUUGAUGCCUGAUUUUAACUUUAUCUCGGGGAAAUUUUUUGUUCAGUGUGAUAAUUCUGGAUAAUUCUGUGUGUCUUGGUAAAUUUAUCACGUUAAAAUUUCAAAUUAUUUCAACAGAAUCUGUGCAAUGAAUCUCAAAAUAUGGUGUUAGUCAAGUGUAG